AAAGAAAUAUACUUUGUUACUAACCAGUAAUGCCAUCAGUCGCUAGGUCGAAAAUUCAAUAUUAACCUCAACUGCUGCACCACACCAAUAACAUUAUUGCCUUUAUUCCCUCACAACACGAUUAUCGUAUCAGAAAGUUAGGGGUUUGGGUUUAUGGCUUAUUUGUUCGCUUCAGUUAGACUUUUUCCGGACUCAUGCAUGAAUCUUCUUUCACAUAUUAAAAGCGAAGAGUUUGUUGCAUUGCUUACUGAGCCAUAAUAAAUAGGGUUAGUGAUUUACUUAAGUUCUUUUUCCAGCAAUAGGUGUUCAUGUAGAAAUGUAUAGCUAGUAGUCUAAUUGUCCAUCUUUUUAUUGUUAUGUGGAACAUUGACCUUUUAUAUUGACAUGGUAAUUAAACAGCUAACGGCGAUCCUUUUAUCUACAAAAGGAGUAUAUAACAGAUAAAGAAAGAAACCUGUUGACUAUCUUUGGAACAGAACAUAGCUGAUAACUAUUUUUAGCUCUCGGAAAUCCCUCCUAUCCAUUCCUUUAUUGUCAGUUACUUCUAAUGUUUUGUUACUGUAAAAAAAAACUUCUAGUGGUUUGCGGCGUUUCCUUUUGAUAUUUUUUUCCCCAUUUUGGUCCGUGCUACAUUAGGAAAGAAAUAAAAGAGGAAUUUUAAUUGGAACUUCAUUUCUGCGAAAUCUCUAUCUUCUGUUCUGGUCUUUCCGAAUUCAAUUUCGCUUUGCAUUGCUGUUUAUCUUCUCUCCUCUCCAUCCAAGGACUGUAAUGGGGAGUAGGCACCAUGAUGUUUUCUUGCUAGGGAAAAACAGAUUGAUACCAGGUUCUUGGUUCUUGUUAUUGGCAUGUGCCUUUACACCAAGCUGAAGUUUUCAGUGUUCAGCUGCCUUCCAAAGAUAUUGGCUAGAAAGACUGCAAAGAUUGGUCUCGAUCUGAUUCACUUGUUCAAGAAGGCAUCACAUGUGCUUAUGGGCUGCCUUUGCUCCAAAGGCACCAAAGAUCAUGCUGAUGCCACUUCCGAAAACAGAGAACCAUCAAGUAAGGAUGACCCUAAGACUGCAUCAGGUACGAAUGAUGGCAGCAAAGUCAUGCCAUAUGCUGGAGAGAAGGUGGUGGUAGCUUUUGAUGCUAGGUUCAGCAGUUGUAACAAUGCAGAGUUGAAAGGGCUCUCAGGUGAGCAUGUUGUUUCUGGGUGGCCAACUUGGCUUGCAUAUGUGGCGCCUAAAGCAGUAGAUGGCUGGUUGCCUCGACGAGCCGAUUCAUUCGAGAAAUUAGACAAGAUUGGACAAGGAACUUACAGUAUUGUGUAUAAAGCCCGAGAUCUUGAAACAGGGAAGAUUGUUGCACUAAAGAAGGUGCGGUUCGUCAACAUGGAUCCUGAAAGUGUUCGCUUUAUGGCUAGAGAAAUCCAUAUUCUUCGGAGACUGGAUCAUCCAAAUAUCAUAAAGCUUGAAGGAAUUGUAACAUCUCGUGUGUCGCAGAGCCUGUAUCUGGUUUUCGAAUACAUGGAGCAUGACCUUUCCGGUCUUAUUGCAAGUCCAGGCCUCAAACUCACCGAGUCACAGAUAAAGUGCUUCGUUCAGCAGCUGCUUCAUGGCCUUGAUCAUUGUCACAAAAAUGGAGUUCUGCAUCGAGACAUCAAAGGAUCGAACCUCUUGAUUGACAGCAAUGGGGUACUGAAGAUUGCAGACUUUGGCCUGGCAACAUCUUUCGACCCUGACAAUCCAAAACCACUAACUAGCCGUGUUGUGACAUUGUGGUACAGACCACCAGAGCUUUUACUUGGUUCCACAGAGUAUAGUGUCGCUGUGGAUAUGUGGAGUACAGGGUGUAUUGUGGCAGAACUCUUUGCUGGCAAACCAAUCAUGCCAGGAAGAACCGAGGUGGAGCAAAUUCACAAGAUCUUUAAGCUCUGUGGGUCGCCGAUGGAUGAUUAUUGCAAGAAAUCAAAGGUGCCAGAAACAGCGAUGUUCAAGCCUCAGCAGCAAUAUAGGCGGUGUGUUGCUGAGACUUUCAAAGAUUUUCCUCCUUCCACUGUAGUUCUCAUAGACUCCUUGCUUUCGUUAGAACCAGAAGUUCGUGGAACAGCUUCCUCAGCUCUUCAGAGUGAUUUUUUUAAAACAGAGCCACUUGCUUGUGACCCUUCAAGUCUACCGAAAUUUCCAGCAAGCAAGGAGUAUGAUGUUAGACUCAGGCAAGAGGAAGAGAGGAGGCAAAGAAAGGCAGCUCUUGGUGGACGAGGAGCUGAAUGUUCCAAUCCAGGAAAUGAAAAUCAUGUAACCAGUCGUGCUGUCAAUGGUGCUGCUGAAUCGAAGGAACACGCGCAUGCCAGUUCAAAGAGCAGCAGCGUGAAGUUCUACCCCGAGGAUAGCGUGCCCGGUUUCCGGGUGGAGCCACGCCCGUCGCCAACCACGGUGCAGGUUCCUGGAUUUGGCUCUACAUGGAACAUGGGAGGUUACACAGAUCAUCCAACGACGCCUGGUUGUGCCUGCAGUUCUGUUCAUGUCGCAAAUUCCUCUGCCUCGAGGACAAAGGCAUCAUCGCAUUCACAUAUACCACAGUUUUGCACGACAGAUCUGAGGAAUGCAGUUGAGGUUACAUAUCAGAAUCAGCCACCUGAUAGGCCUGCAUCAUCUCACAACAAGAACCCCCUAGAGGUGCAGGACGCUAUGAUCAGUGUGCUACUGCUAAGGGAAGUAUUGAGGAUUUAUAUUCUUUCAUCUCACAUGGCUCGCACCAUUGCCUUUCUGUGGUCAGAACCAUGGAAGGAAGCUCAGGAGGAUCCACCACUCGGGGCCAUUGGUGCCGCCGGGAGGGAAUAUCGAGGACAUGCUCAAGGAGCACGGGAGGCACAUCCAAGAGGCGGUGCGCAAGGCACGGCUCGGCAAGACGAGCAGGUAGCGAGCAGCUGAAAAGGUCGUACGGGAGCUCUGCGAACAUGGACCGGAUUUCAGAGGUGUCAGCGCCACAUUCGUCUGCAAAGCUGCCGUUUCACGUUGCUGCAGGUCCCCGUGCAUAGAGUUUUAGCAUGCAACCGUGUGUUCUCAUAUACUCCCUCCGUUCCAAAAUAGGUGACUCAACUUUGUAAAUGGAGGUAGUACAAAGUUGGGUCAUCUAUUUUGAAACAGAGGGAGUAGGAUAUUGGGGUGUUUAUAUACUUUAUAAACUGAAAAUUCGCAGGGCAUGACUGAAUUUAUAGAUCUCUCUGCUCUUUUUCCUUCUUA